AUAGAACAUAUCAGAUAAUCAUGGAAGUGACGGUCAAGAACAUCCUCAUCACUUUGACGCUUUCUAUCAUUGUGUUGGUCACCAUCGUGGGAAACUUUUUGGUCAUGCUGUCCUUUGCAUUAGAUUCCAGACUUAGACAGCCUUUUAAUUACUUUAUUGUUAACCUUGCGGUCACGGACUUUUUGGUGGCCCUCUUCGCCAUGUCGUUUUAUACGAUAGACACCCUCCUGGGGUACUGGCCGUUUGGGACCAUUAUCUGCGGGUUCUGGAUCUAUGUUGACUAUGCUAUGACUUUUGCCAGUGUUUUUACAAUCGUGGCCAUCUCAUUAGAUCGCUUUUGGUCUGUCACAUGGGCGAUGCAGUACAAGCAAAUUAACGGGAAGAGAAAGAACAUCAUUAUCUUGACCAUUGUGUGGGUUUGUGUCUUCAUCAUUUGGACACCACCCUUUAUCGGUGACCGUCUAAAGCAUCAAGAGGUCAACAAGUGCAUCUGGGAGCCCUCCGACAACCGCGAAUUCAUCAUCGUCGUCGAUAUCAUCGGCCACUACAUCCCCUGUCUGCUGAUCGUCGUCGCUUACCUGAAAGUUUACCUGGUGAUGAAGAAUCGGUCUAAAAAAGUAGGUCACAGAGGCAGCGGGCCAACCACUAUCAACGUCAAACCAAGCACUCACUUAAUGGUUGAUUGCACAACAAGAGACCGAUCUUUAUUAACCGAGCCCACGCUGUCCAUUAUCUCGACCACGCCCCCGCCAUCCAGUUGGGCUUCGUCCACGUCAUCAGAUAAAGCGGUAACGGUUAAAUCCAGUAACCAUGGUAACAGAGAGCACAGGAUUUUCCGAACUUUGACCUACGUGAUAACUAGUUACCUGAUUUGCUGGUUCCCGUUCUACGUGGCAUGGGAUAUUUACGCCUGGGAACCCGCUCUGGUCCCUGAUUGGCUGUACACCUUUUUCUUUUGGAUGACCUACAUUAAUUCUACCCUAAAUCCUGUUCUUUAUGCCUACUCAAAUAAGGACUUUCUAAGGGCUUUCAAAACUGUCAUAAAAUGUUCGUCUAAACACAACAAAUAUUGAAAUAGGAUUUCACUAAUUUAAUUACCUUUUUUAGUAUAAUCAUUUUCUUACAAUAUUAUUGGUCAGCUAUUCAGGGACAAUAUGAUAAUCUAUUUUAUAAGAUAUAUUCAUAUGUUGUCUCUUUCGUAUAAUAGAAUAUAACAUCAUUGUGAAUGUUUAAGAAAGUGAUAUGAUCUGCAAUUUUGCAUAUAUAUUGUACCAGAUGUAUCAGAAUUUAUUUAAAAAAAACAAUAGAAAACACUUUCUGUAGCCUUCGACUCGACAUUUAGAUAUAACGACGCCAUACUUUCAAUCAAUAGUAAUUACUUCCAUUCAUAUGUCGAUUCGAUAUGUAAUAAGACAAACCGCAGAGAGGAACAAAUCUGUUUCAUUGGAAAAAAGUAGAUUUUGGUAUUCAACAACAAAAACUUUAUGGCUGCAAUUGUUCUAUCGUCAACUUCCUUUACUUGUGUAACAAUUUGUACACUUAUAUCACAUACAUAUGGGGAUUAGGCCUUGAUUCGAUA